CGGGUUAGAAAGCGCGAGAGCGAGAGAGCCAGGGGUGAAUGUUUACCACUCGCUCCGUGGAAUCUAUCAGGAGUCGAAACUUUGGUCACGUUUUGUCGUGCUCAUUUGACCAGAAAAGCGCUUUCAAACUGCAACCGCUCGAAACAACCACCGCCAAGGACAUAUCAGCGGCUGGAUCGACUGAAUGAAACCAUGAGGAAUAAAAAACACGGCGGUUGUCGCGAUCUAAACUAACGUGACUAUCGAUCCAGCAGAGCCAAGCUUUUGAAAACGCCGAGCCAGGUACUCCGGCGCAGAUUUUCAACGGUCGGCUUUUCCUGCGGGUUUACCUGUGCUUACGUGGCACUUUUUUGACCUGGAGACUUAUUGUCAAAAAUCCCGUUUUUAGGUUUUUUAUCCACUUUGUUCGUGGCGAUGCGAUGUAUUUUCAGAGGUUUAGUAAGUUGCGUGGCCGGGACUAGUUUACUUGCGCCGGGCAGCCAAUCAGCGGAAUAACACUCGCCGUUUUUGCGUUAAUUUAUCCGCUUUUGCCUUAUUCACACUACAGCCUUCAAAAAAGAGCCUCGUACCGCACCCUUCACAUACUGACAGCGGGUUUCGAGGCUAGCUUUCAUAAGGAGGAUAAGUGUCACCGCCGUGCGUGUGUUUUUGGGGUGGUAAAAUGGAUGCGGGCAUGGAGAAGGAGUGCAGCGCUUUGGGAGGGCUCUUCCAAAUCAUCAUGAACGACAUGAAGGCUAGUUAUCCUGCCUGGGAGGACUUUGUCACCAAAGGGGCUAAGCUACAAUCUCAGUUAAGGACAACAAUCAUCGUCACUAGCUCAUUCCUGGAUGCUUUCCAGAAAGUGGCUGACAUUGCAACUGGAACACGAGGAGCGACGAAAGAGAUCGGAUCGGCUUUGACCAGGAUGUGUAUGAGACACAGAAGCAUUGAGAACAAGCUCAAACUGUUCACAACGGCUCUCAUGGAUAACUUGAUCACUCCUCUGGAGCUGAAAAUUGAAGAGUGGAAAAAAGUUGCCAGUCAGCUGGAUAAAGACCAUGCCAAAGAAUAUAAGAAAGCACGAGCGGAGAUCAAGAAGAAAUCUUCAGAUACGAUUAAACUGCAGAAGAAGGUUAAAAAAGGUAAAGACGAGGUGCGGAUGCAGCUGGACAGCGCUCUUCAGGACGUCAACACGCGCUGCGCGGUUCUAGAGGAAACCGAGAAGAGAGCCGUGUGUCGAGCACUUGUCGAGGAAAGAGGGAGAUUCUGCUCAUUCGUCACAAUGCUCAAACCUGUGCUGGAUGAAGAGAUAAGCAUGCUUGGCGAAGUCACUCACUUGCAGACAAUUCUAGAAGAUCUUGGAAACUUGACGGCUGAUCCCAACACACUGCCUCCUGCUAGCGAACAGGUUAUUCUUGAUCUGAAAGGCUCAGACUACAGCUACUCGUAUCAGACUCCACCCGCUUCUCCCAGCAACACGUUAUCACGCAAGAGCAGCAUCAGCAGUAACUACACCUCUGUGCGCCAUGUCCCAUCACUGGACUCCAUCUCCAGCGCAGUGGAUGGGCUUCAUCUGAGAGCACCAGACGCAAUACAGGAUAAAGGCCAGAUCUCUUCUGGCACAGAGAACGGGACCUCCAUGCCCCCACUGCACAAACCUUACAGCGGGCAUGAGGAGAGAGCCAGGACACUGUCCACCUCGGGCAAGCCGCAGUCAGCCAGGGAGCAGCUGGCUCUUACUCUGGGAGGAGGGCUUAUAUCAGAAGCUCCUCGGACCAGCCGUGAUUCCCUCCACUGCUCCAGUGGAUACAGCACCCAGACGACCACGCCGUCGUGCUCCGAAGACACCAUUCCCUCGCAGCAUGCGGUAAAGAAAGAACCUCCUCUAUAUGACUAUGACUAUAUCUCCCUGCAUGGAGGAGAGGACGCCCACAGCCAGUCCGAAUUUGAUAAAUCUUCCACAAUUCCUCGCAACAGUGACUUGAGUCUCAAUUACCGCAAAAUGUUUCAAAGCAAGAGACCUGCGUCUACCGUCAGUCUGCUGAUGGAUCCGGAGCCUAUAGGGCCGCACACUGCCACCAUCCGCCGUAAACCCUCCAGCAAGCCCAACAUCCGCCGUGGCACCAUCAGUGGAGGAGUGCCUAUCCCCAUCUCCACACCGCAGGUGCCGCUGAAGGCCUCCGUUUCCACCGCUGGCCUGAGCGGCAGCGAGGACACCAUGUGCCCUCCUGGGGUGACGCAGACUAACAGGGUACCUGGCUCUGAUCUGGUUCACACCAGACAUAGUCUCUGUACUUCCACUCAGAGUCUGAGCGCAAUGCCGCCUCCAUACUAUUCCAUGUUCCCAGGGCAGCCACCAGUGGGCGGCACGGAGCCGCUGUAUCAAAUGACCAAGCAACAGCAGUAUGCGCUGCACCAUCAGCAACAGAGGCAAUAUCACCAACAACAGUAUAACCAACAGCAAUAUACUCAACACCAGUACAAUCACCAACAGCAAUACAACCAACUGCAGGAGCCGCAAUAUCAACAGACACAUCAGAAAGCGCUCCAGCAGAAACUCGAACGGCAGCAACAUCAAAAUCAGCAGCCGAUUCAAAACGCGGCAGCUCACAAUUUCAGCUUGCCCACCGAAAGCGUCAAGACCUGUUCCGCUCAGCCCGGCGUGGAUCACGUCGACGGCGUCCCCGAUCCAGGCAGCGGAGGAGACAUGUUGAGUAUGAUCCGAAGAGGAGUCAGGCUACGUCGGACGCUUACCAAUGACCGUUCGGCGCCUUUAAUCGCCCCCAACCAUCUCAACUGAUUUCGUUUUCCUUCCUGGUCUUUGAAUCCAUCUGUGACUUUUUACGGUUGCCUUUGCCGUCUUUUUCGUUCAGCGACUUUUUCUCGCCUUUUAUUGUUGAGGUUUGCGUAUUUUUGGUUUCGUUUAGUAGAGGCAAAACUGUUGACUGUCGUGCGACUCCUUGCCACGUGAAAAGACGUCGAGUUUAAACACACUGUGCUCGAACAACAACCGUUUUUGCAGUGUCCGUGCGAAUGUUGCUUCUCGAUAAAUUAAAGUUAAUUCCGCAGGCUGUGUGCUUUACAUAUAUAUGUAUACCUAUAUACACAGAUAUAUAUGUAUUUAGAGAUCUAGAUUGAGCGUCGGAGCUUAAGAUAUAUUAAAGUUAUUUGUUUAUGUCGUAUUUGCAAAGAUAAAGCACUCAGCCUUCUGGUUAGAGAUCAAAAACUGUAUAUAUUAGCGAAACAAUUGAAAGACUUGUAUUAUUAUUAAUUUUGUUUUUUUGUUUGUUUUCGAAAUUAGAUAAAGCAGCACUAGGCGUCUAUUUUUGUACAGUUUAGGGUAACAGAAAACUGCACCACUGCCUUUAAUCCACCCAAUGACUGGAUGCGAAUGCAGCCAAUGAGAGGAACGGAGAAAGGGAAGUGACGUGAUUGGGUGGAUGAACGAAGGACUGGAAUAGUGGAUCUUAUUUGUGUUGCUUAUGACUGUGAGAGCUUACAAAGGCAUCACUGUGGUUAUUUAUUCAACCUGUUUGAUUCUGAAUCAUUUUUAAUCGUUUGUUUACCAAAGCUUUGAUGCUGUAGCCCUGUAGAUGCGCGUAAAUCUGCUCUCCUGGAGGAUUUAUAAAGACUUGAUUCAUAAAACCUCAAACCUUUGGCCCAUGACUUUUAGCUUUGUGUGUGUAUGUGUUUUGAAUUUAAAAAAACUUUCUUAAAUUCAUUUAUUAUUAGCAGGAAAGAAAGUGAACGUUGCAUUUAAGCUUCUAGAUUGACUUUGUCCUGUUGCGAGUUGGCUUGUUUGUUCGAAAUCAAAGUGUCCCGUCCCUCCUCCAGUUUCAGUAAAGCUUAUUCAAUGGAAAUGUAGGGUAUACUUGUCUUCUCAGUUUAAAAAAAAAAAACGUAUUUCAAGGCUCAGAUCUCAAGAAUCUUUUAAUGCAUCUUAAUUGGAGCUGAAUUUAAAAAACUGACAAAAAAACCUGUGACACGAUAUGGCUAAAUAUGAUUAUCAAAUUUGCAAUAGCUUUGAUUUAAUUAAAUAAAAUAAAAGUGAGUACAUCAAUUUUCCCAAAGACGUUUUCCAUCAAAAAUGUAAUUUUAUGUUUUUAGUUUUUUUUUUUUUAUUAAAUUUUUUUUUUGUAUUACAUAGUUCUAUUUUAAUUUGCUGGAAUUAAUCAUAAUAAUUUAGUUUUUUUUUUCAUUAGUAUUAUUUUAUAAACGUAUUGAUCACAUUUUGGCCCAACCGUAUACCCCUUCAAACAAUCAUUACAAAUCUAGAUGUUUUUUUAUUUUUCAUGAGAACAUAACUUUACUAACCGCACGAUGUUAAAGUGGGUCUGUUUUCUUAAAUGAAACCCAAUGCUGGACGUUGGCUUUCAAGCUUGAAGCCUUUAACGUAUUUAAUAGAUGGUUUAAUUACAUAAUUUUUAGGUUUAAUUAAGGCCGAAUGUAAUGAACCUGAUAUCCAGAAGCGCUUCUCUGGUCUUAAAGCAUCUCUUUGAUGUCUAAUAAUUGAUCAUAUCUGUCACGCACGUGCUGGCAGGUGCGCUUUGAACUUUCGCUCCUGCCGUAAAACUUGUUUCUUCAUAUCUUACCGCAUUCUUUUUUCACCGCCCCCGUUUUGUUGUAUACUUUUCAGGUUAUUCUCAAUCUAGGGUUACUUCACACCUGUCUGAGCUGUGUCUAGGAUUUCUCGUGCCCCUCUCCAUCUGAAUGCUCAAUUGUUUGGUCUCUCUUCAGUGAUUUAGACACGGCCAGAGACGUUCCCCCGCCGACACAAUGCUCCUCGGGCCUUUUACUGUAGGAUUAGCUUGCAGCUGCUGUACGGAGUGUAAAAGAAUAUCGUUUCACUCUGAAAGGUGAGCUGACCGAGGUGUUUCUCCACUAAUCUGCAUUGUUAUUAGUGCUGCUCAGGGCAGUCACGUCUGAGGCGUUUCAUCUGUGUUGAAGGUUUCAGAGAUGGCUGGAUCAUAAUAAGUGCCGUCUAUUGCUGUGAUAUUAUCCAACUUGACCCGUAAUGUUAAAUUAGCAACAUCGGAAUAAUGGGAAUGGGUUUGUUUUUCUUUCGGUAUUUGUUUUUUUUGUAAACAUUCACUUUUUGCUUCCUUUAUUUGAUCUGAUGCAUUCUGUAUGCUAGACCGUUUCAUGAUAUAAACAUCAGUGGAAAGGGAUGAAUGUCAAAUUAAAAGUGAAGAAACCAU